CACAUGCAAAGAGACAAGGUGGACAAGGCUGUGCCGUCUAUAAUGACAGACGAAUAAAUGACCAAUUACAUCACUUCAUAAGGUGACAGAAUAGCAGUUCUGUCUUUUUGUCAGCAAAGUACACUUAUUGCAGAAAAAGAUACUAUUCUCCAGAACUUAAGAGAUAAAAUUGGAGCACGGAAAAUGAGAUCUAGGACCAAAAGAGCUGUUUGUAGCACAUCUGGUUUGUUCCAAAUGCAAGGGGUGGAGAUGGCAAGAGAAAGAAGUAAGGCAGCAGGGAGGACUUCAAGAAAAAUUGAAAUUGGGUGGCUUCAUUUUCACAUUGAUGAAAAGAAGUGAGAAGAAGAAAUGGUGGAGGAAGGAGGCAUGCAACAGUGGAUAAAAGUACAACUGUUUCUCAAAUUCUUGAAAUGGGAAAGGAGCUUUUUUUUUUCCAGAUGGGACCUCCACCAAAGGGGUAAUUAAAGACUUUCUUUUUGAAGUUUGUGACUUCAAAAAAAAUCUGAUUUCUUUAGAUGAAAGAGUCGGAAAUCUUUAUGAAAAAACCAAGCUGAAGCUUCUAAGGUUUUACAUUUGCACAAAGAAAGAAGAAACAGUUCAGUAUUCAUCUGAAGAAGAUUGUCAAAGUCCUGAACAACCAAAUGACAUGGAUUCAACCCCAACAGCUAGAAAAGGAUCUUUUGGUGAAAUGGAGGAUUUAAGUGAUUGUGAUGAUCAAACUUUGAAUCACCUAGACUCUUCCUACAACCGUUCUGGAGUUGUUGAUUUCACAGAUCCACCUCAUUCUGAAUCCACACCUCGGCAACCCCAGCCCUUCAGCUCUGAAAAUUCUGGAUCUGUUCCACACAUGGAUGAGGGAGACACGGUUGUAUGGAAUCCUGAAGAGGACCUAAUUGGAUUGGAUGAUGACAGUGACAUAGUCGUAACACUAAAUUAUGACAACACUGAAGAAGUUGUACAGGACGAUCUCAGCAGUCCCUUUGAACAUGGUUCCCCGAUACUGUUGCCUUCAGCCAGGAGUCUCUUCUCAUCACAAAUACAAACCAGUAAUAUGGAGGCAGGACAAACUGGCCAGGACUCUGGCUUGAUUCCACCAGAAGAUUCUCACCCAAAUUCAAGCUGUCUACUGCCCCAAUCUGUUUCAGCUGGUAACUCAGAAAAUCUAGCAAACCAUCUACAUGUGUCAAUUUGCAGGAUCAAGGUUGUGGAAGAUCUUCUGGCUGUGUUUAUGGAAAACAACAUUUUGAAUCAGACUUUAAAAAUUGAGUUUGUGAAUGAAAGAGCAAUUGAUGAUGCUGGGGUAUCAAGGGAGGUUUACACUGCAUUUUGGGAGCAGUUUUUGGAACAGUGUGAGGGUGAAACAGAGCGAGUUCCCAGGUUGAGGCCUGACUUUUGUGAGUCUGAAUGGCAAGCCAUUGGACACAUUUGGGUGAAAGGAUUUCUAGACCAUGGAGUCAUUCCAGUGAGGCUAUCAAAAGCUUUCAUUUUAGCUUGUGUCCAUGGAAUUGAAUCAGUGGAUGAUGAUGUAUUGAUCCCAUCAUUUCUCAACUACUUCCCUCUAGUAGAGAUAUCAGCUGUUGAGAAGGCUCUACGGGGCACCAUGGAUCAAGGUGAUGAAGAGGACUUGCUAGACCUCUUCACAAGGAUGGGGUCCCACUUCCUGCCUCCCAAUGAGAACAUUCAGCAGGCCAUUGAAACCAUGGCUCACAAGGCAAUUCUUCAAGAGCCAAAGUAUAUAUUGGAUUGCUUCUCCACAUCCAUGGCAUGUGUACAAGUGGAACUUGCAGACAAGAAAAGUCUGUUGUCUUUGUAUGAAAAAAAGAAGGCCUCAGGUAAAAGACUGUUACAGCUGUUUGAAUAAGCAAAUGUGACGCUGUCCCAGAGAGAACAGACAACCUUUAACCACCUUCAACGUUUUGUAAAAAAUGCUGAUGAAGACAAGGCCGAAAAAAUACUGCGUUUCUGCACCGGCUCUUCUGUAAUCUGUGUUGACAAAAUUCUCAUUAGUUUCAACACUGAAAUUGGGCUUAACAGAAGGCCUGUUGCUCGCACCUGUGGAGCUACCCUAGAACUUCCUGGCACUUAUAGUUCUUACCCAGACUUUCGCACAGAGUUCGACAACAUCCUUUCCAGUAAUUACUUUGAAAUGGACAUAAUUUGAAGUUGAUGGGAGGUAUUUACAGCACCUUUGUGUUUUGGUUGGAAAUUUUGAAUGCAAUUUUUCUUUCUAAAUUUCAUAUUUACAUAUUUAAUGCAUUCAGUCAUA